AUGGCAGAGUGGACCGGGGAAGAGCGCGUGGAAAUCUUAGACGGCAGCGAGCGUCUUUCCCACCACCUCAUGAGCAAAGCGCUGCAGGAAUGCCCCACCAGUGGAAUCCUGUGGGCAAAGGCGAUUGAGCUCGAGCCAAAGCAGGGGCAGAACGCCAAGAGCGUCGAUGCCCUCAAGAAGUGUGAGAACGAUGCUCACGUCAUUAUCGCUGUGGCAAAGCUGUUCUGGCGAGAUGGCAAGAAUGCCAAAGCACGAAAGUGGUUCAAUCGCGCGGUGACGCUGAACCCCCGGCUGGGCGACGCUUGGGGUGCCUAUCUCGCCUUUGAGCUGGAGAACGGAACCUCCCAUGAGCAGCGGGAGGUCAUCCGCAAGUGCGUUGACGCAGAGCCCAACCAGGGUCUGGACUGGAACAAGAUUGUCAAGAAGGUGGCGAACUGGCGGGCCAAGUGGGCUGUGAAGCUGAAGCGCUUCGUUGAGGAGGUGUACCCACAAGAGUUCAACGCGAAGCCUCUGAAUCGUGAGGUGGAGCUCCUGCUGCAGGGCGAGGAUCCUUACGCCGCCAUGGCCACAGCGCAGGAGGAGGCAGCAGCUGAGAAGGAUGAGCUGGAUGUCAAGGAUGAGGCUGUGACAAAUUGUGAGCCUCACCUUUUGCCCAGCCUGUCUUCUUGA